GGAGGAUGUUGAGUGACUCGAGUCAUUCCGAACGUGGACGCGAUUCUGUGAGGAGUAUAAUCGUACUUUCAGUUACGUUCCCAUUUAAGAUAAUUGUUUAAAAUUUUUAAGAUAAAAAAACUGGGGAGUUGAUAGUAGUCAGUCAACGAGUCGGUGACAGUUUCGUGAGAUUUGAUUCGAAUGGGGAGAAAAUAUUCGACUUAUUUUCGAGUCUGGAGGAAAGGCGAAAUUCUCGGAGGUGGCUGAAAUUUGUAAUUUAUUGGAUAUCAGUUAAAUAUUUUUCUGAAAAAACUGGCGUUUCAACAAGGAUUUUCAACAGAAAAACAACCGGAAAAAAACUGAUUGCACGAAUCAGGAUCCGGGUCGACAAGCUGGAUUUUACUUAGCCUCAGGACGUCGGCUCUACCUUGAAACGGGAGCCGAAGAACGACUUGAAUUUCAAUUUUCUGUUUGGUCUUCUGUGUAAGAUUUAAAAGAUGGAUUUUCUACAGACAAUCUCGUUUCUAGUGUUAGUAGUGACAACGAAAGUUUAUGCUGACUUUCAAGUAUCGCCGCAAGAUCUGACUAUUCAUGUUGGGAAUGAAAAAUCAUUUACUUUAUAUCUAUCGACCUAAAAAAAGUGUGCCAAAGAGUGAUUUGAUCCGUUCAUUUUUUAGAAAUUUAUCAUGUUUACGGACGGAUAGACAGACAGACGCCAUCGUCUGUUUCCAAGCAAAGAGUGAACCUUUAUUGAGCGAAGUGAACGUAACCUUCGAUAUUCAACAUCCAGAUUUAAUUCGAGCCGUUCCAGCCAGUUUAAUUGUGGAGAAAGGUUCAAAAGAUAAUUGGACUAUCAUAGUUCAGGGUCUAGGUGCAGGAAAUGUGAUCCUUGGUGCGAAUGUUACUCCUAGCAACAUUACAAGUUUUACAGACGCAUUUUUGAGGAUAACAGUAGAAAAAUCUGAUGUAUUGAACCACGUGAGUACCGUAGUAGGAUGGCUUUACUUUUUGGCAUGGAGUGUCAGUUUCUAUCCGCAAAUCUACAGCAAUUACAAACGAAAAAGUGUCGUGGGACUGAAUUUCGACUUUUUGUCGCUCAAUUUAGUUGGAUUUGUUUUGUACUCUCUGUUUAACUGUGGCCUUUAUUGGAUUCCUGAAAUAGAGCAAGAAUAUUUCAGUCGCUAUCCGAAAGGUUUGAACCCAGUGAAAGAAAACGAUAUAUUUUUUUCCUUACACGCAUUUUUUGCGACAGUAAUCACAAUUCUACAGUGUUUUAUUUACGAGAUUGGAACGCAAAGAGUAUCAACAACAGCUCGAAUUAUUCAUGGAAUAUUUGCGAUCUUCAUCGGGAUUUCUACAUUUUUGGCCUUGGGACAUGUGAUUGGAUGGCUUGAUUUUCUCUACUACUGCAGUUACGUUAAAUUAGCGAUCACUUUAAUUAAAUAUGUCCCACAGGCGUUCUAUAACUACAAAAGAAAAUCGACAGUUGGAUGGAGUAUCGGAAAUAUCUUUCUAGAUUUCACUGGGGGCACUUUAUCUAUGUUACAGAUGAUCAUUAACGCCUACAAUUUUGAUGAUUGGGAAAGUAUUUUCGGAGAUCCGACGAAAUUCGGCCUAGGCUUUUUUUCAGUCGCCUUCGAUAUUUUCUUCCUUGUUCAACACUAUUGCCUCUACGGAACUGACAGCGAAAAGGUGAUCGACUUGAAAGGCCGACUGUAACCAGCCAAUCAACAAUACAGCUUGUGUCUUACAUCUGUAUUCCAUAGACUUCGUUUAAAAGUAGAAAUGCUCUUUAAAGACAAUUGUUAAAAUGAAAUAUCAAAGUCUGGAAAAAGACUAAGAAAGUGUCAAGUGCCCGUGCCAACUGCAGAAAGACUAAAGAUAAUUUUGUGUAAAGUACUUCGCCCCCAAAAGUAUUAAUGCACUUAGUGAUGAUUCAUUAAAAAAAAGUGAAACAUGAACUCUCGUGAUUGGGAGCAAAGCUGUGUGAACUAUAGAAUGAUUUUUAUUUUUACUUAGCAAAGACUUUGUUCGAUUUUAAAACGCGUUUUAAUUGAAAGAUUAUUUACUUUCAUUUCAUAAUUUUAUUUUUACUUUUAUUUUAUUUUACAGGAAGUUAUGCAAGAAGUGUGUUUCGACGUAUUUAUUAUUAUUGAGUAAUUUAAACUAGAUAAAAUACCAAAACUUACAACGAAUUUUCAUUGUUUUAUAUGUUAUAAAUCAGUUACAAUAAAAAGGAAGUCGUUUGCACAUUCCCCUCCUA